AUGAACACACCGGAGACCUUUGAGACCUCUCGGGCGAAUGGUGCCUCACAGUCUCAAACUCCUUCGCAAAGCAACACACCUCUCCUCAGGACCCCGUCACUAAGCAGUCUCGCCCUCACCGAGUAUAGUGCUAGGCCGUCUCCUCCCUCCGAAGACAGGAUUGCAAAGAUGAAGAAGAUAGUCCCUGAAGAGUUUCUCUUGCCAAAUGGUAACCCUGAUUACCUACGGCUGAUUAUCACCUCGUAUCCUCGCGUCAGAGAGGUUUGUCAUGAGACCCCUCUCACCCACGCAGUGAACCUGAGCAAUCGUCUUGAGCGCAAGGUGUUGCUCAAGCGCGAGGAUGAGCAACCGGUUUUCAGCUUCAAGUUGCGUGGAGCCUAUAAUAAGAUGGCACAUUUAGACCCCAAACAAUCCUGGAGAGGUGUUAUUUGUUGCAGUGCCGGAAAUCACGCCCAGGGUGUCGCCUAUUCGGCGAGAAGGCUCAAAAUCCCCGCCACUAUCGUCAUGCCUAAAGGCACUCCAAGCAUCAAGCACUUGAACGUUGCUCGGAUGGGCGGCCAUGUCGUACUCCACGGCGCCGACUUCGACGAGGCCAAAGAAGAAUGUGCUCGGAGAGAAAAACAAGACGGUUUGAUCAACAUUCCCCCGUUCGACGAUCCCUAUGUCAUUGCAGGUCAGGGCACCAUCGGCAUGGAGAUCCUCUCACAGACCAAUCUUCAAAAACUUGAGGCCAUCUUCUGCUGUGUUGGUGGCGGUGGUUUGAUCGCCGGCGUUGGUGUUUAUGUGAAGCGCAUUGCUCCUCACGUCAAGAUUAUUGGUGUGGAAACGUAUGACGCAGACGCCAUGGCCCAGUCGCUCGAGAAAGGAGAACGGGUUGUCCUGAAGGAUGUCGGCCUGUUUGCAGAUGGUGCUGCGGUCAAGACAGUCGGCGAGGAGACUUUCCGUAUUUGCCAAGAAGUCGUGGAUGAGAUGGUUCGAGUCACUACCGACGAGGCUUGUGCCGCUAUCAAGGACAUGUUUGAGGAUACCCGUUCCAUCAUUGAACCGGCCGGUGCUUUGGCAAUUGCCGGCCUGAAGAAAUGGGCCGCCGCAAACCCUUGCAGUGACCCGACAAGAACUCUUGUGGCUAUUACGUCUGGUGCGAACAUGAACUUCGAUCGUCUGGGCUUUGUUGGGGCUCGUGCCACUAUCGGUGAGGGGAGGGAAGCAUUGUUAGCAGCAAAGAUUCCAGAGAAGCCUGGAGCAUUUGCUGAACUCAUCAAUUGUGUAAUGCCUCACUCUGUGACCGAGUUUAGCUAUCGGUAUUUCGAUGAUACCCAAGCGAAUGUGCUUGUUGGCAUCUCCCUUACUGCACCGGGAAGCCAACGAGCACAUGAGCUCCAGACCAUCAUCAAUCGUAUCAAGGAGUCCGGCACUAUGGACGUUACGGACUUGUCCGGAGAUGAGCUAGCCAAGAGCCAUAUUCGUUAUAUGGUUGGUGGCCGAUCGAAUGUUCCAAAUGAAAGACUCUAUAUGUUCCGCUUCCCAGAACGGCCUGGUGCUCUUGAGCGGUUUCUCCGGACGCUGCGGCCCAAGUAUAACAUCAGCUUAUUCCAGUAUCGGAACUACGGUGGAGACAUCGGUCAGGUUUUGACCGGCAUUCUUUGCCCCAACGAGGAGGUUGCUGAGUUGGAGACGUUCUUGAAAGAGAUCGGAUACCCUUGGGAGGAUUGCACUGACUCUCCUGUAUUUAAAACAUUUUUGCGUGCAUAA